AUGACGAGUAGUCGUGCGGGUGGUAGUGGCGGAGACGCUAGUGAUAGUGAUAAUGAAUUGGAUCUCGCUGUGCAAGAGGCGAUUGAUCGAUUGCUCCGGCAGAGGCAGCAACGGCGGCAGCAGGCGGCGGCGGCGCUGACUACCCGGCUGUGGAUAUGGCAUGCUUAUAUUGGAGUCGCCGAGUCGAACAACGACCUCAACGUCCUCCAGUCGUCGCCCCUGUUCAACGAUCAGUGCAAUGGCGUUGGUCCCGCCAUCGGUUUCGUCGCCGACGACAACCAGCACAAUAUGGGAUACUAUUUGGCGGAUGGGAUAUACCCAAACUGGCCCGUCUUUGUAAAGAUGGUCAAGCAUGCGGUCGGACAAAAGAAGUCCUACUUUGCGACCCGUCAGGAGGCAGUGCGCAAGGAUGUUGAGCGCGCAUUUGGUGUGCUCCAGAGUCGAUGGGGGAUGUGGACGAACGAAGAUGAUACGGGUGCCGGUCCAAGCCACGGCGUGGCCACCGCGAAUGUGGGCAUGGGGGUACCUCAUGGAGAGGUUGAGCGGUUGCGCGCAUUUGCCGACAUGCGGCUAAGAGAUGCCCAUAUUCGACUUCAGGAGGAUAUCGUCGAAGAGGUUUGGACGCGGAGGGGUGGACGUUGA